AUGAAUGCAUCUGGAGGAAGCUGUGCAAGCCCUAGUUCUGCAGAACCUACAGGAGAUUUCUUCAAAGAACUGUGGUCCAAACUGAAAGAAUGUCAUGAUAAAGAAGUACAAGGCUUACAGCUGAAAAUAUCUAAGUUGAAAAAGGAAAGGUGCUUGGAUGCAGAGAGGCUUGAAGAGUUCUAUACCAAGAACCAACAGCUCAGAGAACAGCAAAAAGCACUUCAUGACACUAUCAAGGUUUUAGAAGACAGAUUAAGAGCGGGGUUAUGUGAUCGUUGUGCUGUAACUGAAGAACACAUGAGAAAGAAGCAGCAAGAGUUUGAAAAUAUCCGGCAGCAGAAUCUCAAACUUAUUACUGAGCUUAUGAAUGAAAAAAACAACUUACAGGAUGAGAAUAAAAAGUUAACUGAACAGUUCCAACAAUUACAGAAGGAGCUAGAGGUGCAAAAGCAGCAAGGAGCGGAGGCAGAAGAAGGAGUCAUUCCAGAUUCUCCAAUUCAAGCAUCUUCAUUUUCUGUUGUUAAUCGUAUGAGAAGAAAAAAAGAGAAUAGGCAUAUCCGAUAUACAGAACAUACACCCCCAGAUUUGGAACUUAGGGAAAGCAACAGUGAGUUGGGAAAAAUUCCACUCUUUUCCACACAAGUGAACACUCACCAUGGAGGAGAGAUACUAGUGGCAGACACUUGUGAUCCACAACUGUCACCUGUGCCAAAUAAACUAAGGGUGGGAGGAUACCCUGUUCCAAAGCCGUCUUUUAACUUGGCUGCAGUUGUCGCAGAAACGAUUGGACUUAGUGUUGAAGAGGAAUCUGAGUCCCAGAGCGUAUUGAAUCUUCCCCUCACUAACACAGUUUUGGGCCAGGCCUCAGAGAAUGUGCAGUCUGAAGACCCAAGGAAACAUCCAGCGUCCGAAUCAAGAAAUGAUGACAACAAUUUAGGUAUUUCAGAUCCAUGUCAUAACACUCCACCACAUGAUGACUGGGAUUCUCGGGUAGCUUCUCCUGUUUUUGGAGCUUCUAGCACCGUGAAGAACAACUCAAGUACAGUUCAUGCUACUUGUAUUUUAGAUUCAGGAUUCAAGCCUCAUCUCAAAACCAACCUCUUCAACAAUCCAUCCAGUUCCAGAUCUCAUAAAAGUAGAUCAAAAUCUGAAGAUGUUGCUUUUGUUGCACCACUGAAUCUUGGGACAGAAAUCAACUCAGUUAUCAGCCAGGCCUCUGUUCAUAGGCAAAUGAUUGUGAAAAAGAAUUCUCAUGAGUCUGUAACCUGUGCUGGAAACACCUGCACAACUAAAAAUGAGGUGAUCAAGAGCGAUGUCCUUCUUGUAUACCAGAAGCAGCUAGAAGGCAGGUGUGCUAAGAGAAAGAAAGCUGAAGAUGAUCAUGCAGUUAGCUGUGAUAAAAUAUCAUUCAGCAAAGAGAACUCUGUGCCCUUUCGAUCUGAUGUUCAGCAGGUUAAUGGGGAACAUCCAGGUGAUAAACCCUUGGAUCUGUCUGAUCGCUUCUCUGGAGUUCGUGGCGAAGACAAAAAACAAGGAAUUGAGGAGACAUACAAAAAUAGACUGAAGCAAGUGGCUCUGCAUGACAUUUUUUCACACAUAGGAAAGACCGUUCUUGAAGGUUCAUCAUCCAUUCAAAAUGUCAACAAUGAGAGCUGUUUAUUUGGAAGAGAUUUACAAGAGGAAUCCUAUAUACAAGAGGCAAUGCUGGGAAAAACCUUCUCUGACAGGAAAAAUCAGAUCCCAAUGAAAGAAGAAGUUCCUCCCUUCAAAUUUGCACCACUGCCAGGUUCUGCAGAGACAGAGGAACUUUUUGAUGAUGUAAAGGUUGCCAGUGGCCAUGUACCAAAUAGAAAGAAAACAAGGACAGGACAUGGAGAGUCUGAACCAGCAUCUGUGCUUCAGCCAAACCCUUGUAGACUAUCAAAAAGUAAAGCACAGCAAAAUGAGCAAGACCUGAAAGAUAAACCUUCUCUAGAAAACUUCCAGUGGAGCAUAGACCCAGGAGCUGACCUUUCACAGUACAAAAUGGACAUUACUGUGAUUGAUACAAAGGAGCAAGAAUUUCACAUAUCCAGUAUUAAGAUUAAAGGAGGAGAAAUAACAGAUAUGUUUGAUCAGACGACCCAUGAAGAAUAUGAAUCCUGCCUACCAGAAGAUAGUCAUUCUGCAUGUGAUGAAAAAGAAACUCUUCAUGAUGAAGAGCAGGAUAAGGGAAUAACAGCAGCGAGCAAGAAACUGAAGAAACAUGAGGAUAAACAAGAUAAAGCCAAGCAGAAAGCUUUUGUGGAGCCUUAUUUCAAAAGUGAUGAGAGAAAGAAUACUGUGUUAGAUUUUCCUCAUAUUGAGGUUAUUCGAAAAAAGGAAGAAAGAAGAAAAUUGCUUGGCCACACUUGUAAGGAAUGUGAAAUAUAUUAUGCAGACAUUCCAGAAGAAGAGAGAGAGAAGAAACUAGCUUCCUGUUCCAGACACAGAUUUCGCUACAUUCCUCCAAAUACUCCUGAAAAUUUCUGGGAGGUUGGAUUUCCUUCUACCCAAACCUGUAUGGAAAGAGGCUACAUUAAAGAGGAUCUUGCUCCCUGCCAACGUCCAAAAAGGCGGCAGCCUUAUGCUGUAAUGUUUUCUCCAAAAGGCAAAGAGCAGAAGACAUAAAGGAUGGGGAAAUAAGGAGUGCCAGCCUGAAUUGUAUCUUUCCUGUCCGUAGAUAUUUAUAGUUAAUAUAAACUUGAAAUAAAGAACUGUGUUUUCCACAAUGAUAGAUACAUUGUUUAAUUGAAUAUGUAAAUUUUAUAAAAUUCAUUUGCAAGUCUGAUGUACCAGGAAACAAAACUAUUUAAUGUAUGUUUGUUUCAUAUUGUGUUAAUACAUUUUGUAUUUGUUUUUUGCACCUGUCAGACAAGUCUCCUACUUUUCUUUUUU